UUGACAACUCCGCUUAGAGAACCCUUUUUAAUGAUGUUUAUUGUUUUUAAUGUUGUUUAUUUAUAUUUUUAAUUUAUUCUUCAUGCGUCCAAAAAACACAAAAUAAGUAAUAAUUAAAAAAAAACUAAGCAACAAUAACUAAAGAACAUAGCGCAGAUCCUUCAUAGGAUCAUCACUGGGUGUGGCUGGUUCGCCAUGGUUCGAAUGGGAAGAACCAAAAGAAAACGUGCCAGAAACAACCAACAUCAAACCCACAGCCUGGACAACGACGCAUCUGCAGUUGGACUCAGGCAGCUGCUAAAACAAUUUGACUUCACCGACCAUUUAAAACUUAAAUUAUACUCAUACCCAACCACCGGCAGAGGAGUGACAUCAAAAAAACCCCUCAAACCCUCAGAUGUUUUAAUAAAAAUCCCAUUUGGGCUUUUAAUAAGCUUUGACACUAUUGCAACCUCGGAGCUAAUAGAUGCACUUAAAAAAGAUAUUGCUUUAAAUAUACAGACCUUAUUGUCUUUGUUUAUGGUAAUGGAAAGACAUAAAGAUGUGAAGUCUCCUUGGAAAAGAUAUAUUGACUCAUUACCCAAUGAAGAACCAAUUUUACCAUGGACUUGCAGUGAAGAAGAAAUUUAUUGUUAUCCUGAACACUUAAGAACAAUUGCUCAAGUUCUUCAUGAAAAUUUUAAUGAGUGUUUCGAAAAAGCAAAAAUGUCAUUAUCAAGAACUGUAUUGUGUGUGUGCUGUGGCCAGCCACUUGCUGACUAUCUACUUAAUUUUGACUCAUUUAAGUGGGGUUAUGUUUUAGUGAAUACUAGGGCGGUUUAUAUUGAUCCUCAGUGUCUCAUUUACUAUGAUAACCCUAGUUUUUUAGAAGAUGAACCAGCUUUGGCUCUAUGUCCAUUUUUAGACUUGUUUAAUCAUCAUUUCGAAGCAAGAACUAAGGCGGAUGUGGUACCUGAGGAGGGAAAACUUUAUUAUCAGCUAACCACUUUAACAGGAUUUAAAAGAUAUGAGCAGAUUUUUAUUUCUUAUGGGGCCCAUAAUAAUGAAAAGCUCCUUAUGGAGUAUGGAUUUUUUAUUCCAGGUAACUUAUUCGAUUUUGUUAGGUUUAAUUUUGAUGAGUUAUUGGAUAUAUUGAAGGUUUCUGUUAGUCAAAAGCACUAUAAAUCAGUUAAAAAGUAUGAAUUUGAUGAUGAUGACUUAUAUAUUAACCAUAAUGGAGCUUCUUUUGGGCUGAAAGCCAUUUUGUUUGUAGUACUGUUCCCUAAAGUAUUAAAUCAUGUUUCUUAUGUGUUUAGUAACAAAUAUCCAAAUGAUUUUGAGCAGGUCCUAGUCAAUAAUGUGAGAACAUUGUUAAAUUUUAAAUUAAAUAUAUACAAGAAUGAUGUUGAAAAUUAUAAUAAUCAUAGAAAAUUUAAACAAAGUUGUGGAAUUGAUGUUGUGAUAGAGUUUUUAAAUUAUAGGGUGAAAUAUGUGGAUGGUUUGUUAAAGUUGCUUGAUGAGAAUAAAUUGUGUUUUUAGAUAAA